CCUAGUAAUAACAUUGGCCGUGACCAAAAGCGCCAUUGCUUCAAGCAGGCCAAAAAAAAAAAACAAAAGCUCCAUCCGUACGGAUGAACCCGAACCGUAUCAAAAAAUGUGGAAUAUGAGUAGACCGUACAAAUGGCCAAUUUUGCAAAAGCCCCUCCAAAAACCCUAGAGGUCAAGAUUGUUCACACUGGCCCCCAAAUUCUCUGCAACCGAACAACCGUUUUGGAAAUCGACGACGACAAUGCAGCCUAACGACGACGUUCGCGUCACUUCCUGUCCCUCUCUCAAAGUCCCUCACCCUCCUCCGCCACACGGGCAUUUCGCCAGAACCAGAAACUCAUUUGCCCAACUCAUCGACUCGUUCAAGACCCGGUCAGGUUUCGACCGGCUCGGCCCCAAGUUUCCUCCUUCAUGGUCGACGGCCCGGUCUCUUCUAUGUUCGGCGUCGUUGACGCUCAGUCGCUCCGACCAGUCGACUCGGUCCGAGUCGUUUUCGAAGCGGGAGGAGAGGUUGUUGGUGGGAAAGUCGCAUCUUUUAUGUUCGGCUUCAUUGUCUCUGACUCGGUCGGACGAGUCGACUCAGGGUGGGGUGGAGGGGAGGGAGAGCCAGUUGAAGACUGGGCAUUCGGCGGGUCGACACGACGAGGAGAGGGUGCUGAUAAGCGAGGUUCUGGUCAGGAACAAGGACGGCGAAGAGCUUGAGAGGAAAGAUUUGGAAAUGGAAGCAGUAAACUCUCUAAAGGCGUGCAAGGCCAACUCGGCGCUCACUGUUCGCGAAGUUCAAGAGGACGUACAUAGGAUUAUUGAUAGUGGGUAUUUCUGCUCGUGUAUGCCUGUUGCGGUCGACACAAGGGACGGUAUUCGAUUGGUAUUUCAGGUAGAACCGAACCAGGAAUUCCAAGGGCUGGUAUGCGAAGGAGCAAAUGUUCUUCCAGCAAAAUUUCUAGAGGAUGCUUUCCGCACUGGAUGUGGAAAAGUGAUUAACCUUAGGCGGUUGGAUGAAGUGAUAUCUUCUAUCAAUGGUUGGUACAUGGAGAGAGGUCUCUUUGCCUUGGUUUCGGCUGUUGAGAUUCUCUCGGGGGGUAUUCUUAGAUUACAAGUUUCAGAAGCUGAGGUUAAUAAUAUCUCCAUCCGUUUCCUUGACAGAAAGACUGGUGAGCCAACCAUAGGGAAGACAAAGCCUGAAACAAUACUUCGCCAACUAACAACCAAAAAGGGACAGGUCUAUAGCAUGCUUCAAGGAAAAAGAGAUGUGGAGACUGUACUGACUAUGGGAAUCAUGGAAGAUGUUAGCAUCAUUCCACAACCUGCAGAUACCGGUAAGGUUGAUAUGGUAAUGAAUGUUGUUGAGCGUCCAAGUGGAGGCUUUUCUGCCGGUGGUGGUAUAUCAAGUGGAAUUACAAGUGGCCCUUUAUCAGGACUUAUCGGAAGCUUUGCUUAUUCACAUAGGAAUCUUUUUGGAAGAAACCAAAAACUUCAUAUUUCUUUAGAGAGGGGCCAAAUUGACUCUAUAUUUCGCAUAAACUACACGGACCCAUGGAUUGCAGGAGAUGACAAACGGACCUCCAGAUCAAUAACAGUUCAGAAUUCAAGAACACCUGGAACACUUGUUCAUGGUAACCAACAAGAUGGUAGUAGCUUGACCAUUGGUCGUGUCACAGCUGGUAUUGAAUUCAGUCGACCCAUCAGACCAAAGUGGAGUGGGACAGCUGGACUUAUAUUCCAGCGUGCUGGUGCCCAUGAUGAAAAAGGAAAUCCUAUUAUCAAGGAUAUUUUCAGCAGUCCUCUUACUGCAAGUGGCAAGACCAAUGAUGAGAUGCUGCUUGCUAAAUUUGAGAGUGUCUACACUGGUUCUGGCGACCAUGGGUCUUCAAUGUUUGCUUUCAACAUGGAGCAGGGAAUUCCUGUUUUGCCUGAAUGGUUAUUUUUUAACAGAGUGAAUACUCGUGCAAGGAAGGAUGUUGAAAUUGGUCCAGCUCGCUUUCUUUUAAGUUUAUCCGGUGGUCAUGUAGUGGGUAAUUUCUCACCUCAUGAGGCAUUUGCAAUUGGUGGAACAAAUAGUGUGAGAGGUUAUGAAGAAGGUGCUGUGGCUUCUGGUCGAUCUUAUGUAGUUGGCUCAGGAGAAAUCUCUUUCCCGGUGGUGGGACCAGUUGGAGGAGUUGUCUUCUGUGACUAUGGAACUGAUCUUGGAUCGGGCCAGACUGUACCAGGUGACCCUGCUGGAGCAAGGAUGAAGCCUGGAAGUGGAUAUGGAUACGGGUUCGGCAUCCGACUGGAGUCACCUUUGGGGCCUCUACGUCUUGAAUAUGCAUUUAACGACAAGAUGGCGAAGAGGUUUCAUUUCGGCGUUGGUCACAGGAACUAAGUAGUCCCAAGUCCUGCUUUUUUGAUACCCAUUUGCAACGGUUUAAAUUUUGGUUUAUAAUUCUUUAAUUAAUUUUAAUUUGUUACGCAUGGUGUAUUGUUAGUAAAUCGGGUUGUUUAUAUUAUAUAUAUAUAUAUAUGAAAAAAAAACCAAAUAUUCUAAUCAAA